CGGCGGGGCUGGUGGCGCCCCUCGCCUCGCCCCGACGUCCGCCCCGCAGCGACGGAGAGGAGGGCCGAGGACAGCCUUAAGACCUUUCUGGUGGAAUACCUCUUUUGCUUCUACGUUCAUGUUGGAAUGGCCUAGGCCAGUCUGUUGCUGUACGGUUCCUGCCACAGGUGCUCUGCAGCAAUGGGUCAGGAUUUUGCCACCAGUGCUGCUGGACCAUCCAGAUGGCUGUAAACCUGCAGAGGAGAUAUAGAACGUUGUCUCUCAAACUGGAUUAAAAAAAAAACCCUGUUGAUAUUUUUAUUUAUACUUUUUUAUUUUUGUACUUGACUUAAAGUGCCAUGAAAAAAUUUGCAUAUUGCAAGGUGGUCCUUGCCACCUCUUUGGUUUGGGUCCUUCUGGAUAUGUUUCUAUUGCUGUACUUCAGUGAAUGCAAUAAAUGUGAUGAGAAAAAGGAACGAGGCCUGCCAGCUGGAGAUGUUCCAGAACCCAUGCAAAAACCACAUGAAGGACCUGGAGAGAUGGGGAAGCCUGUGGUCAUUCCAAAAGAGGAGCAAGAGAAAAUGAAAGAAAUGUUUAAAAUAAAUCAAUUUAAUUUAAUGGCAAGUGAAAUGAUUGCACUCAACAGAUCUUUACCUGAUGUCAGGUUAGAAGGGUGUAAGACGAAGGUGUACGCGGACAACCUUCCCACGACGAGCGUGGUGAUCGUGUUCCACAACGAGGCGUGGAGCACGCUGCUGCGCACGGUGCACAGCGUCAUCAACCGCUCCCCGCGGCACAUGCUCGAGGAGAUCGUGCUCGUCGACGACGCCAGCGAGAGAGACUUCUUGAAAAGACCACUGGAGAGUUAUGUGAAAAAAUUAAAAGUACCUGUCCAUGUGAUUCGAAUGGAACAGCGUUCUGGAUUGAUCAGAGCAAGAUUAAAGGGGGCUGCUGCUUCUAAAGGCCAGGUCAUCACCUUCCUAGAUGCUCAUUGUGAAUGUACAGUAGGCUGGCUUGAACCUCUGCUGGCAAGGAUCAAAGCUGACAGGAGGACAGUAGUGUGUCCCAUCAUUGAUGUAAUCAGUGAUGACACCUUUGAAUAUAUGGCAGGUUCUGACAUGACCUAUGGUGGAUUCAACUGGAAGCUGAAUUUUCGUUGGUACCCUGUUCCUCAGAGAGAGAUGGACCGACGGAAAGGAGACCGAACCCUCCCUGUUAGGACACCUACAAUGGCAGGAGGCCUUUUUUCAAUAGACAGAGAUUACUUUCAGGAAAUUGGAACAUAUGAUGCUGGAAUGGAUAUUUGGGGUGGAGAAAACUUAGAAAUUUCCUUCAGGAUCUGGCAGUGUGGUGGCACUUUGGAAAUUGUAACUUGUUCACAUGUUGGGCAUGUGUUCAGGAAAGCAACACCAUACACUUUCCCAGGAGGUACAGGGCAGAUAAUCAACAAAAAUAACAGGCGGCUUGCAGAAGUCUGGAUGGAUGAAUUCAAAAACUUUUUCUACAUUAUUUCCCCAGGAGUUACUAAAGUUGAUUAUGGGGACAUAUCGUCACGACUUGGGCUAAGGCGCAAGCUCCAGUGCAAGCCUUUCUCCUGGUACCUGGAGAAUGUUUAUCCUGAUUCCCAAAUCCCACGCCAUUACUUUUCUCUGGGAGAGAUAAGAAAUGUGGAGACAAAUCAAUGUCUGGAUAACAUGGCAAGAAAAGAAAAUGAGAAAGUUGGAAUCUUUAACUGCCAUGGAAUGGGUGGCAAUCAGGUUUUCUCAUAUACUGCCAACAAAGAAAUUCGAACAGAUGAUUUGUGUUUAGAUGUAUCCAAACUUAACGGCCCAGUCACGAUGCUCAAGUGCCACCAUCUAAAAGGAAACCAGCUUUGGGAAUAUGAUCCAGUGAAACUAACCCUGUUGCAUGUGAACAGUAACCAGUGCCUGGACAAAGCCACGGAAGAGGACAGCCAGGUACCCAGCAUCAGAGACUGCACCGGCAGCCGCUCGCAGCAGUGGCUGCUCCGCAACGUCACCCUUCCAGAAAUAUUCUGAGAGGUUCUAGAGAAGAGCAAGGAUUGACUGGGCUACCUCGGCUGAUUCUUUGGCUACGCUGUCAAGUAGCAACAGGAGAAACUUCUGCUCGGCAGAAUCCGCAGCUCCUCAGCUGUUAGAACUCCUGCAGCUUCUCAGUAUCUGUGAACCAGCCUUCCUGUAUAAGGAUGUGAAACUACCACACAUAGCAGUGAAACUGUGCCCACUGAUGUUUACAAGAUCGAAAGAGUUUCUUCCAGCAAAUAAUUUAGAGAACAUUUGGACAGUGGAAACAUAAUCAAUGAAAUAGUCUCUCUGAAGAGCUACAUAUCGUUUUAGUUUGCUUGCACAUCAGUAACCUCUGCUGAAAGUGCUGUUGUAAUGAAGAAAGUUUCAAGAAUUCUUUUUUUCCUGGUUAGCAGUGGUAACCAGACUACUAAGUAUAGAUCCACAAAUAAAUGAAAGAGAGAGCUGCAAACCAGAUUCAGUAUCAUGACAUAAGAAUUCUGUGGUUUAAAAGCAAAAAGUAAACAGGGUUUAAUGAAGCUAAAUCAGAACUAUGAAAAGUACAAUUUGUUAUAGUGAAGUAUCAAAUUUAUAUGUAGAUUUUAUACCUCAGUGGGGGAAAAUAACCAAGUCAAAAGGCAAUUGUUUCUCUUUUUCAAUUGUGUGAUAGUCCAUAAAUACUUUUUUUUGUCCUGGUGAGUCUAAAAUUAUUUUGGGCGCAAACAAAAUGAGCAUAAGAAUAAAUUGAGCUCUUGAAUGUCAGAUCCACUUUCCUUUUAAUUUUAAUUUCUUGGCUGUUGGAAUUGUAUCUUUUUAUUACUGUCUGAAAACUGGAGGUUAACAUGCUGUCUAACUCUUUUUUUUUUCCAGACCUGCCAUUUCAAUUUAUACUUGGGUCAGUCAGCUUAUGGACUUUCAUGGCCAAACAAAAGAUUUAAGUACACUUUGAGAUUAAGUUAACUUCAUCUAAGUAUGCUUUAGCGCCCAAGACUUCUACUACUGUACUACAGUUUUGUUUUCAUAGCAAUAAAUCUUUUGUUCCUCGUUUGAUUUCAGUCAUCAGAAAGCCAGAAGAAAAGAUACAUGGUUUGGGUAGAAGAUUGGCAAAACUGAAGGUUUUCUGGAGUCCUUUUUCACUUCAUAUUCAGAUGUGCUUCAUUGUCAAGUGCAUAUUUAGAUUAGACUCUGAAUUGUAAUGUUGAUCUGCUGCUUUUUUCUAAUAAAACCUAAAGAAAAAUA